GCGUCCUGAUAGUGGAACAAAGUGCGGUGUAUGAAUGUAAAAUAAAAUGCAAUUAACUGUCUACCGAAGAUGUUAUGUAGCUAAAUAACUUGCAACGUAGUGUAAUUAUAAAUUAACAAACAACUGUUAACCUCAUGAGUUCAUGUGUGAACCGCUUGCUGUAGUUGAGGAGAAUGACGUCGAUUAUCAAGCUGACAGCCCUGUCGGGGGUGCAGGAGGAAUCUGCGCUCUGCUACCUUCUGCAGGUGGACGAGUUCCGCUUCCUGCUCGACUGCGGCUGGGAUGAGAGCUUCUCCAUGGACAUCAUCGAUGCCAUGAAAAGGCAUGUUCACCAGGUGGAUGCAGUCCUCCUCUCCCACCCCGAUCCCCUGCACCUGGGGGCUUUGCCCUACGCAGUGGGGAAGCUGGGCCUCAACUGCACCAUUUACGCCACCAUUCCUGUGUACAAGAUGGGACAGAUGUUCAUGUACGACCUGUACCAGUCUCGUCACAACACUGAGGACUUUACCCUGUUUACCCUGGACGAUGUGGACUCUGCCUUUGACAAAAUACAGCAGUUAAAGUAUUCACAGAUUGUCAACUUGAAAGGUAAAGGGCACGGCCUGUCCAUCACUCCCCUCCCUGCGGGUCACAUGAUCGGGGGGACCAUCUGGAAGAUAGUGAAGGACGGGGAGGAGGAGAUCGUGUAUGCCGUGGACUUCAACCACAAGAGGGAGAUACACCUGAACGGCUGUUCCCUGGAGAUGGUGAACAGGCCCUCCCUGCUCAUCACGGACUCCUUCAACGCCACCUACGUGCAGCCGCGGCGGAAACAGCGCGACGAGCAGCUGCUCACCAACGUGAUGGAGACGCUGCGCGGCGACGGGAACGUGCUCAUCGCCGUGGAUACGGCGGGCCGCGUGCUGGAGCUCGCGCAGCUGCUGGACCAAAUCUGGAGGACGAAGGACGCCGGGCUCGGAGUCUACUCCCUCGCCCUGCUCAACAACGUCAGCUACAACGUGGUGGAGUUCUCCAAGUCCCAGGUGGAGUGGAUGAGCGACAAGUUGAUGAGAUGCUUCGAGGACAAGAGGAACAACCCCUUCCAGUUCCGCCACCUGUCGCUGUGCCACAGCCUGGCAGACCUGGCUCGCGUGCCCAGCCCGAAGGUGGUGCUGAGCAGCCAGCCCGACCUGGAGUCCGGCUUCUCCCGGGAGCUCUUCAUACAGUGGUGCCGAGACCCCAAGAACUCGGUAAUCCUGACUUACCGGACCACGCCCGGAACCCUGGCACGGUACCUCAUCGACAACCCCGGGGAGAGGAUCCUGGACCUGGAGAUUAGGAAACGGAUGAAGCUGGAAGGUCGGGAACUUGAAGAGUACCUUGAGAAGGAAAGGCUCAAAAAAGAGGCUGCCAAAAAACUGGAACAGGCAAAAGAGGUGGACGUGGACUCCAGCGACGAGAGCGAUCUGGAGGACGACCUGGAGCAGCCGGCGGUGGUGAAGACCAAGCACCACGACCUGAUGAUGAAGGGGGAGGGAGGCCGCAAGGGCAGCUUCUUCAAGCAGGCCAAGAAGUCCUACCCCAUGUUCCCCUCGCACGAGGAGAGGAUCAAGUGGGACGAGUACGGGGAGAUCAUCCGACCGGAAGAGUUCCUGGUUCCUGAACUCCAAGCCACUGAGGAGGAGAAGAGCAAGCUGGAGUCAGGAAUGGCAAACGGGGACGAGCCUAUGGAUCAGGACCUCUCAGAUGUGCCCACCAAAUGUACAGCCACCACAGAGACCAUAGAGAUCAAAGCCAGAAUAACCUACAUUGAUUACGAGGGCCGGUCAGAUGGCGACUCCAUCAAAAAGAUCAUAAACCAGAUGAAGCCGCGGCAGCUGGUGAUCGUGCACGGCCCCCCUGAGGCCAGCCUGGACCUGGCCGAAUCCUGCAAGGCCUUCAGCGGGAAGGACAUCAAGGUGUACACGCCCAAACUGCAGGAGACUGUGGACGCCACCAGCGAGACCCACAUCUACCAGGUGCGGCUGAAGGACUCGCUGGUCAGCUCGCUGCAGUUCUGCAAGGCCAAGGACACGGAGCUCGCCUGGAUCGACGGCGUGCUGGACAUGCGCGUCAUCAAGGUGGACACGGGCGUGGUGGUGGAGGAGGGCGAGAUGAAGGAGGAGGCCGAGGAGGGCGAGCUGCCCAUGGAGGUGACCCCCGACCUCUCGGCAGACCACAGCGCUGUGGCGCAGCAGCGGGCCAUGAAGAACCUGUUCGGAGAGGACGAGAAGGAGGUGUCCGAGGAGAGCGACGUCAUUCCCACCCUGGAGCCGCUGCCGUCGCACGAGAUCCCAGGCCAUCAGUCCGUCUUCAUCAACGAGCCACGCCUGUCGGACUUCAAGCAGGUUCUGCUGCGAGAGGGAAUACAGGCAGAGUUUGUGGGAGGAGUGCUGGUCUGCAAUAACCUGGUCGCAGUUCGCAGGACCGAAGCGGGGCGAAUCGGCUUAGAAGGCUGUCUGUGUGAUGACUACUACAAAAUCCGUGACCUGCUCUACCAGCAGUAUGCCGUGGUGUAGGGGCUCGGCCGCCGGACGGGGGACCCCGUCCUGUGAGGGCCAGCUUGGCGGAUCACGACGGCGAGCUUUGGCCACUGUUCCUGUCAGGGGGGCGCCCGCGGCGCUGUCCUCGCCAGCCCUGUCUUUUUGUUGCGUUUUGUAUUGUUUGUCCACAGGCUGCAGCAGAUGAUGUUCCGCUCUGACCAGCCCCCCCCCCUCCCCGGAGGGGCGCACUUUCGACCUUCAGGGCUUUCCCCUAAAAAAACUUACCUCUGAACUGGAGAAACCCUGCAGCGGACGGUGUUGCACGCCAGACUGAAACGUUCUGUUCUUUCUCAGAAAAUACACGUUUGGAAUAAAGCUGCUGUUGUGAGCGUCAUAUUAUUGAAAGAGGAGUUUUGUUAGAAUUAGUGGACGGGGACAUGGAACGACCGGUCAGAAAGAGUGAAAAUGUGUGUUUUAUUUAACGUGAUUACGCUCAGGAGGUAAACACCGCGGCCAACACCAGAUGGAGACAUUUUUCUGACAUUUCAUGUUGCCUCACACACAGUGCUCCUUCUUUUUGAGGUCUUGUUACUUGUUAAGAUUUACUGUGAGAUGUUACCAUAGCUUUCUUUUAUGAAGCCUAAGUUAAGCAUCUUAUAGCUUUCUUCAUGGUUCAAUUUUCACUUUUAAUAUUCAUAUUUAAGACUGUUGUGCACAACACAACACAAAUGGACUUGCUGUGAAGGUGCCUUGUCUCAACCCUGUCCUCUUUGCCAGCUGUAUAACACAGUCUAAUCCUCUACCAAGCCCUUAUAAAGUUAU